AUGGAGUUCGCUAACGCCGAAAUUCGCGCUGUUUUGAAGUUUUCCUUCGGUAAAUCCGCUAGAGAAACUUUCCGUAAGAUUAAUCGAACCGCGGAGGAACGGUUUCGACGAUUCAGAGCCGGUGAAAACGACACCAUGGAUAAGCCAGACGGCGGAAGACCUGUGACGACGAAUACCGAUCAAAUCAUGGAAAACAUCAAGCUAGACCGGCAUGUGACAUAUCGUGACAUCGCCGAGGAGAUAGAAGUUAGUCACCAAACCGUUUUAAACCAUCUGCAGAAGGCUGGAUACAAAAAAAAGCUGGAUGUUUGGGUGCCGCAUGAUUUGACGCAAAAAAACCUGCGAUAUGCUGCUGAAACGGAAUGA